AAUUCGGCUGUCAUUUGGCCGAAAAAUGAGAAAAAAUUUUACAUUUCACAACUAGUGCAAAUCUUUUUUCAUCAAACACAAAAAACUCAAAAAUACAAAGUUGUCUCACCGUAAUUAUAUCAUUUGAAUCAACAAAAAUAAAAGCCAAAAAUAGUUUAUCAUCAAAAACGCAUUAAGCUCGAAAAAGAACAAUAAUUAAAACCAAAAGUUUCGAAAGGAGUGUAGAAAAAAAUUACUCCAUUUAUACUUUAUUUUAUUUGAAAAAGAAAAUUUAUUAAGAAAAAUUCAAGUGUUUUGAAAAUAAUUUCAUAACAAUCAUGGCUCAUCGAAUGUUGCAGUCAGCCAAAGUAAUGGAACGCUGUCUGCGUAGUUCCUAUCAAACAGGCAAUAUCAGUGCACACGAGCUGAGAAAAUUUUCCAGAGCGUCGACUAUUCUCGUGGAGAAUCCACUUUUUCAAAGAAUUUUAUCUGCUGUCAGACAAUUUAGUGAGAAGCCUCCAAAAGGUUUUGAGAAGUAUUUCAAACCCGGUGGAGCUUCAGCUGCUGCUGGUAAAGAAGCAGAAGCGGGAAAGAAAACAGCAGACAAACCAAUCAGCCGGACACCAGGCGGUAGUAUGGACAAAACACCCACCAACGAUUGGAACUUUGGAAUGUUCUCGAAUACAAAGACUUCUGGAGGUGGUAAAGGAGGUCCCGGAGGCUCUGGUCGACCAAUUGGCGGCGAUGGUGGUGAUAAAGAAAAAUGGAUUUUUGGUGGGGCAAUUGGAGCUGUGGCUUUUAUCUCGCUGCUUGCAUUCAUGGAAAUGGGCUACAAGGAAGUUGCCUGGAAGGAAUUUGUUAAUAGUUACCUAAAUCGAGGAAUCGUUGAGAAACUCGAAGUAGUCAAUAAGAAAUGGGUUCGAGUGCGAUUGAUGCCGGGAAGCUCUCAGGACUCCACCGGAGUCCUUUGGUUCAAUAUUGGAAGUGUUGAUUCAUUUGAGAGAAAUCUCGAGAAUGCACAAGUUGAACAAGGCGUUGAGCCAGUUAAUUUUGUUCCUGUAAUUUAUCGCACUGAAGUUGAGGCUUCCAGCUUGACUGGAUUGCUGCCAACUCUGUUGAUUAUUGGAUUCCUUGUGUUUAUGAUGAGACGAUCAGCGGAAAUGAUGGGAGGAAGAGGUGGCCGUAAAGGAGGUGGACUGUUUGGAGGAGUUAUGCAGUCAACAGCGAAGUUGAUUAAUUCGAAUGAAAUUGGAGUAAGAUUCAAAGACGUAGCUGGUUGCGAAGAGGCCAAAAUCGAAAUUAUGGAAUUUGUGAAUUUCCUUAAAAAUCCACAACAAUACAUCGACUUGGGUGCAAAAAUCCCAAAAGGUGCCAUGCUAACAGGACCACCUGGUACAGGUAAAACUCUCUUAGCGAAAGCAACUGCUGGCGAGGCGAAUGUCCCAUUCAUCACAGUAUCUGGUUCGGAGUUUUUGGAAAUGUUUGUAGGUGUGGGACCAUCUCGAGUGCGUGAUAUGUUCGCAAUGGCACGUAAACAAGCUCCAUGUAUCCUCUUCAUCGAUGAAAUCGAUGCUGUUGGUCGAAAACGUGGUGGCAAAAGUUUCGGAGGACAUUCUGAACAAGAAAACACAUUAAAUCAGUUGUUGGUUGAAAUGGAUGGUUUUAAUACCACAACAAAUGUGGUUGUAUUAGCUGCUACCAAUCGUGUUGAUAUUCUCGAUAAGGCUUUAUUGCGUCCUGGACGGUUUGAUCGACAAAUUUUCGUUCCUGCACCAGACAUUAAGGGUAGAGCUAGUAUAUUCAAAGUGCACUUGGGACCACUUAAGAGUAAUUUAGACAAAAAUGAUUUGGCCAGAAAGAUGGCUGCCCUCACACCUGGUUUCACUGGAGCCGAUAUUGCGAAUGUGUGCAAUGAGGCAGCAUUGAUUGCUGCUCGUGACUCAAAUGACUCGAUUAUUCAAAAACACUUUGAACAGGCCAUUGAACGUGUUAUCGCUGGUAUGGAAAAGAAGACAAAUGUUUUGGCGCCUGAGGAGAAGAAAACAGUUGCCCACCACGAAGCUGGUCACGCAGUGGCCGGAUGGUUCCUCGAACAUGCUGAUCCUCUUCUUAAGGUUUCCAUUAUUCCACGUGGAAAGGGUCUUGGUUAUGCUCAGUACCUUCCUAAAGACCAGUAUUUACUGUCCAAAGAACAACUCUUCGAUCGCAUGUGCAUGACUCUCGGAGGACGUGUAGCAGAAGAGCUCUUUUUCCAAAGAAUCACAACUGGUGCUCAAGAUGAUCUCAAAAAAAUCACCGACAGUGCAUACGCUCAAAUCGUUCGCUACGGUAUGAACGAAAAAGUGGGCAACGUAUGCUUUGAUGCCAAUCAGCCUGGAGAUCCCGUCUUUACGAAGCCUUAUUCUGAAGAAACAGCGCAAUUGAUUGACGCUGAAGUGCGUGCUCUUAUCAAGAGCGCCCAUGUGCGUACCACUGAAUUGCUAACAAAGCACAAGUCAAAUGUAGCGAAGGUAGCGGAGCGCCUACUCAAGAACGAAGUACUCAGCCGUGAUGAUAUGAUUGAAUUACUUGGCGCUCGACCAUUCAAAGAAAAGUCAACCUAUGAAGAGUUUGUCGAGGGAACUGGUUCAUUUGAAGAAGACACAAGUUUGCCCGAGGGUCUUAAAGACUGGAAUAAGGAAAAGGAUUCAACAACUCCACCACCACCACCACCAAGUGGUGAAACAUCAAAACCAGUUUCUGCGUAAGAGUGGAUGGACAUUUUUUGGGUCCGUCCUCCAAAAAAGGAUACGCUUUAAGCUUAUUUUGUAGAGUAAAAAUUAUUGUGUGGUGCCUUGCAGAAGAAAAUAAGAAAUUAUGUUUGUGAGGUUGCAUUGUUGUUGUUUUCUUUUUUAAAUAUUUAAUUUUGCCACAUAAAAAAAAAUUAAAGAUUAAAAAAACAAACUUGUUAUCGAGUAAGGAAGUCGAUCUAAGAAUUGAGUUAUAAAUAAAUAAACAAGGACAAAAAAAUAGUAAAAAAUUAUAAAAUGGUAAAAAAAAUAAAUUAAAUUAAUUUACAUAAAAUUUAAA